AUGGGUUGUUUUUCUUGUGUUUCAAAACAAAGUGAUGCCGCCGAUGGGGAACAACAACAAUAUGGCCAACCAAUGCAAUGUACCCUGGAAUUGUCACCAUUACGUAUAGAUUCCCAAGAGGAUUUGCGAACACCCAACAACAAUGUAACGGCACCUUUGACCCAAACAAAGGUGAAAACCAGAAAAAGCGGAAAUACCAUAACGGUGACAAAGACCACACGUGUCGUAAAUCAAGUGCAGACCGGAGCUCAGCUUCGGCGCACAUUUGAAAUCUCAAGACCAAAGACUCCCGAUAUACCCCUGCUACAACCUGCGAAUACCACCGAAUCCACCUCAUCCUCAUCGCCAAUUGUCAAAACCAAAGUUAAGAAAAGUGGUAAUACUGUUACCGUGGUCAAAACUAUCUAUUCCACAAAUGUGAUAAAUACAACACCAAAGAUCGAAGUUGUCGAAGUCGGAGGCGGUGGCGGUGGCGAGACGAGCAACAAUGAACGUGUGUAUCGUUCAACAGUGACUCCCAUACCUGUGAAUACUCCAAAACGUAAACGUUUUAAUCUAAAAUCCAUUUUGGAUCGCAGGCCAAAGCAACGGAAUACAAAUGAAGGUGAAGGAAAUGAGGAGGAUUUGUAUAAUUUCGAACAACGUUGUUUGGUUGAGCACAAUCGGCUGCGGGCACUGCACGGCGUUAAGCCGCUGACAUUAAAUAAACAGAUGUGUGAUUAUGCCAUGGAAUGGGCUAAACACUUGGCAAAGAAGAAUAAAUUAAAACAUCGUAAAAAGUGUAAAUUUGGUGAAAAUUUAGCAUUCGGCACUGGAAGCUCAUAUAGCGUUGAGGAUGCUACACAGUCAUGGUACGAUGAAAUGGAAUACUAUGAUUUCAAAAAUCCUGGCUUCUCCGGAAAUACUGGACAUUUCAGUCAACUUGUAUGGCAAGAGAGUACACAACUAGGUGUGGGAGUGGUCAAGAACAGAAAUGAUCGUACAUGGGUUGUUUGUAACUAUGAUCCACCUGGAAAUAUUUUGGGUAAAUUUGAAGACAAUGUUCUACGUCCCAAGGGAAGACAACCAAAGCCGCAGCCGUCAAGAUUGAUAACUAUAUCCAAAACAGAACCUGAUUCCAAACCUGGAAGACCAACGAAUGUGGUUCCUUCUAAAACCGAAAACGAUAAUAAACCGAGCACCUCGCAGGCUUUGAAAAAAGUGAUUGGCAACAAACAUGGCAAAUGGUCCGCAUUUGAAUUGGAAUGCCUUGAGGAACACAAUAAACGCAGAGCUUUGCACGGCUGUGAGCCAUUGGUGCUCAAUAGAAAACUAUGCAGUUUGGCUAAUGAUUGGGCCAUACACUUGACAAAAACACGCAGCAUGUAUCAUCGCCCGAACAACGAUUAUGGUGAAAAUAUUUAUCAACUUAUCAACCGGGAUCCAACAGCUGAGGAUGCUGUCAAGGCAUGGUAUGAUGAAAUCAAUAAAUAUAAAUUCAAUAAGCCAGGUUUUAGUUCGGCUACGGGACAUUUCACGCAAGUUGUGUGGCUCGACACCAAAGAAGUGGGUGUGGGAAAGGCCAAAGUUGACAAUAUGACAUUUAUUGUUUGUAACUAUGAUCCACCCGGCAAUGUUAUGGGUCAAUAUAAAACUCAAGUUCCACCAUUGGGUGGUUUUAAAACCAUCAAAAAAGACUGUUCACCGCAUGACAACGCAAACUCAUCAUUACUAACAUCUGAAACAAAUCAGCAUUCCAUUACAAAUAAAAAACCAGUGAGUUUUGAACAGGAAAAACAACGCCAAAUCCAAGGCGGAGCGUUGAACCCGACUCUGAAUUGGCCAUUAACAAAUUAA